AUGGCGACGACAAUUCCUCGAAGGUCAGAGGGAGGACACCGCAGCCCCCACAGGUUUGCAGGAAGAGAACUGCAGCAUGAUCAGCCCACGCCCAUCAUUAGUCCCCACUGGACCCGACAGCAGUCAGGGCUCGUUCCCAAGCCACAUCCCCUCAACCCGGUAAGUUCACUUGCACCUGUGGAGGUUCCUGCCUCCAGCACUUCAAUUCCUUACCUGAGAGCUCUUUAUGGCACUGAAGAAGCUUAUCCUGGCCAGCAGGUGCAGCCUGCAGUGUGGAGGAGCCCGCCCUCCUCUCCCGCUUCCGAAGGUGCCCCCGCCGAGGCCGGCGGGGACGCGGUCCGAGCCGCGAGCACCGCCCCCUCGCCUGCCCAGCAGCAGCACGAAUGCGGCGACGUGGACUGUCAGGAGCCCCGCGAAAACCCCUGCGACUGUCACAGGGAGCCGCCCCCCGAAACCCCAGACAUCAACCAGCUGCCGCCAUCCAUCCUGCUCAAGAUAUUUUCCAAUCUAUCCCUGGAUGAACGUUGCCUUUCUGCAUCGUUGGUUUGCAAGUACUGGCGUGACCUUUGCUUAGAUUUCCAGUUUUGGAAGCAGCUGGAUCUUAGCAGUCGUCAGCAGGUCACUGAUGAAUUAUUGGAAAAAAUUGCAUCAAGGAGUCAAAAUAUAAUUGAAAUCAACAUUUCUGAUUGUCGCAGUAUGUCUGAUACUGGCGUAUGUGUUCUAGCAUUUAAGUGUCCUGGACUUCUUAGGUAUACGGCCUACAGGUGUAAACAGCUUUCUGACACCUCUAUUAUUGCGGUUGCCUCUCACUGUCCUUUGCUUCAGAAAGUUCAUGUGGGCAACCAGGACAAGCUAACUGAUGAAGGACUGAAACAGCUGGGCUCAAAAUGCAGAGAACUCAAAGAUAUUCAUUUCGGCCAGUGUUACAAGAUCUCAGAUGAAGGCAUGAUCGUCAUAGCUAAGGGCUGUCUGAAAUUACAGAGAAUAUACAUGCAGGAAAACAAAUUAGUGACAGAUCAGUCAGUGAAAGCAUUUGCUGAGCAUUGUCCUGAACUUCAGUAUGUUGGCUUCAUGGGUUGUUCGGUUACUUCUAAAGGAGUCAUCCACCUCACCAAGCUAAGAAACCUUUCCAGCCUGGACCUUCGUCAUAUCACUGAACUGGAUAAUGAAACCGUGAUGGAAAUUGUCAAGAGGUGCAAAAAUCUUAGCUCUCUCAAUCUCUGUCUGAACUGGAUCAUAAAUGACAGGUGUGUGGAGGUCAUUGCAAAGGAAGGACAGAACCUGAAAGAGCUGUACUUGGUGUCCUGUAAAAUCACAGAUCAUGCACUGAUAGCCAUUGGGCGAUACAGCAUGACAAUAGAAACGGUGGACGUUGGAUGGUGUAAAGAAAUCACAGACCAAGGAGCCACCCUCAUUGCACAGAGCAGCAAGAGCCUGAGAUAUUUGGGGCUGAUGAGAUGCGAUAAAGUCAAUGAAGUGACGGUGGAGCAGCUGGUGCAGCAGUACCCCCACAUCACCUUCAGCACCGUCCUCCAGGACUGCAAGAGGACCCUGGAGAGAGCCUACCAGAUGGGCUGGACCCCCAACAUGUCAGCCGCCUCCUCCUAACGCCCCUGCCACGCUCAGGCCACGGGGAUUGGUUGGCAGGGCAGACAGGAGUCGGCGAUGUGGGGCGGGCGAUCUCUUGGGAAGGUUCUAACUGUCACCCGUCUGUGUGUGUCCCCGAGUGUGUGUAUUUGUGUCUCGUUUGCCUACUGCCUAGCAUAAGCGCAAUUGCUGUUUAUUCCCCAGUGAGCUGGUUUUUUUCCUUAAAAGUUAAAGAUUUUAAAAGCCACAAGCCUUUUUGUUUUUAAGUUCAGAGGCUUAUUUCUCUAAAAAAGUGUUUUUACUGUGGAAUAAAAAAUAAAUAUUGAACCUGUUAUUUUGAGCUUCUGAUUCCUGCCAGUUGGUGACGCCCUAAAACGAAGGCAACUGCGUUCUUUUCUGGUGAGAUAGACUUGUGCCCUUCUGCUGUGACGACCAGAACAUGAGUGACGUCACACUAGCUGGAAGCCUGGGAACCAUAUACAUGCACACGCGAACCAGGGCAGUUUCUCUCUAGGUCACUUUCUGACAGGGGCCUCCCUCCAGGCCACCGGGAGAGCACGCUGUCCACUGUGGCUCUGCCUAACUCUGCGUCCACAGGUGGCCAUUUGCUAUCUGGUAGGUGACUUAGGGACUAGACAGGAUAAAGCCUUUUGUGCAAUUGUUAUGUGGAGGCAACAAUCCCCUGGUCAGCUCACAAAAGUUAAUUAUUCAUUAUUCUACAAAUGUGUUGUGUUGAGUACUAAAUAUUUUAGUUGAGUUUUACGUUAACAUUGUGUUAGCUUUUAUUUCAUGGAUAGUAAUUGGUCUGGAUGUAUUUUAAUGAUAUUUGGAGCUAAUCUUAGCAUUAUCCACAUUAAAGCCACCAAUGUAAUUAAUAGUGUGAAGUUAUUUUUUAAAACUCUACAGAUCAUUUAAUUAUUUUUGUUAAUUUGGGUAAUUAUGAAAUUAUAUUUCUGAGAUUUGGGGGUAGUCACAUAAAUAGAAUAUGAAUGAGUGAGAUAGAAGUAGACAAUCUGUUGUUGUUGCUUUGCUUUGGGCUUUAGAACAGGUCUUUUGGUUAUACGCAUGUUAUUUUUUUUAAUAGUUCUUAUGCUAUUGCAAAGAUCUAUUGCUGGUUUAUGUAUGAGUUAAGAAAAAUUAUAAAAUCUUUUCAUUAAGAUUCUGUUUACACUUGUCAGAAAUAAGCGUUUCUUUGUUUAAAGAUUGACACCUUUCAGUUAAGAAAAUAUCUGUGUAAAUGAAUAUAUGUUUUGAUUUCACAUAUCUUUACAAUUAAUUCAUAGUAGGGACUCAGGCUCAAAUAACCUUUCCUGUGUCUAGAUUUAUAAUCAAGACAGCAGGGAGCCUUUUUACGCUCAAAAGUGAUUAUCUUUCCCAAUAGAGCUAGAUACAAAACCCUGACUCGUAAGUUUGCUAUUUAUUCUUCCCCAGUGUGGACAUAGCUGUUGUUGUUUUUUGGUCUUUAACAGGUAUACUAAGGUUUGAGUUUCACUUUCUGUAAGUCCCAGUAUUGCUAAAAUGAGACUAGCUAUAAAAAACAAAAAAAAUAGCUUUACAUUCAAAUGCCAUUCACAUAUUUAUAAUGACUCCAAAAAAAUGUAAACAACUGUGUGUUUUUUUUUUUUAUUAUGUUAGCAUGUUUCUGAUAUGACAUUGUUUUUUGCUUUUAAUCCAAAUCAGUUGGGAAAAUCUAGCCAGUACCCAUCAAGGGUAUUUUAUUCAGUCACUAAAUGGAUUACUAAUUUAAUUUGAAGGGAAUGAAGUUUGUGUAAGAAAAUAAAAAGCUGUUUACUAUUUAUAAACUGUAAUUCUUCUUAAACAUCAAACUGUAUUGUUUUCAUAUUCAUUUCCCCUCCACUGAAAAAUAUCUUAAAUCAUAAUAUUUUAACUGGUUUUUAAUCCAAAACUAAUUUAUAAGACAGUAUGUAUAGUAAUAGUAGCUUGAGUGAAUAAGCAAAAGUUUAAUUUUUAUAUAUGUCACACUAUAUUUUAAAUAGUUAAAAAAAGACUAAAGAAGGGAGCGCCAUCAAUGAUAUAGAUGGUGCCAUUUCAGUUCAAACUUGUAAUAACCUUUGGAGUGUUACAGUUUGGUUGUCAAUGGUUUCAGAAGUGUAUAAUUGAUUUUUUUAGUGUUGCAUUGUUUGACUCUAAAGUACAGCACUAUAACAUGCUUUAGCUUGGGUUCGGGGGGUGGGGGGGACUUGCACUUAUUCUUUAAGAUGUUGACUAAUCCAGAAAGCCUGAUGCAACAUAACCUGGAAAACCGCUUUGGUAUAUUUGUAGAAAUCUCUAGAAAUAUCAUAUCCAGCCUCAAAGCAUUAAUCUCAAAAAAAAAACCACCAGAAAAAACAUUACCUUGAGUGAUCCUGUGAUGGUUGUUGAAUGUGUUCUUAUUAGAUGCUUUGAAAUGAGGCUUAAAAUGAUUUUUCUGGGCAAUAUAGACUUUCUUUUUUCUUUUGCUUAGAAUGUCCUAAAUGUAUGUGAACACGUUUCAUGCAGGGCUUUCCAUCCUCUCCAGGACGUCAACAGUAUUUUCAGAAUAAAGACUAUGAAAUAUAUUGCUGUAGUGGAAAAUUCUGGUCCUUUGUCUUUAAUGUCUUUUUGAGUGGAUAAAGGAAAUUUACCUGGUUUGUAGUUUCUAUAUUUCUGUGAAUCUUUUGACCUUGCAAUGGGUUGCAAUAAAAGAGAAACAAAA